GAAUCUCGAGACCGGAAGACGUUUCAGAUCGACUUUAAGUCUCCUUGUUGCACACCUAGUUAGUCCAUCACGAUAACGUUUCAGGAGAGAAAAAAUGAACUACUUUGAAUACGUUGCUUAGUUGUGUUGCCGCGUUGCCCGUUCAAACGUCUCAACAUGGGCAAAAAGGAUAAAGGAGACAGAGAGAAGAAAUCCAAGAAGCGUCACUAUGAAGAGGAAGACGACGAAGAUGAGGCGACGGGCAGUGCGCCUCAGGAAGCCGUGCCGGCUGCCGCGGGGAAACAGGUGGACGAGUCCGGGACAAAGCUGGACGAGUAUGGAGCCAAAGACUACCGUGUCCAGAUGCAGCUCAAGAAAGACAAUUCUUCACGCCCACUCUGGGUGGCUCCAGAUGGACACAUCUUCCUCGAAGCGUUCUCUCCCGUGUAUAAGUAUGCUCAGGACUUCUUGGUGGCCAUCGCAGAGCCCGUGUGCAGGCCUAACCACGUCCACGAGUACAAGCUGACGGCGUACUCGCUCUACGCGGCGGUCAGCGUGGGCCUGCAGACUUCGGACAUCGUGGAAUACCUGCAGAAGCUCAGCAAGACCUCUUUACCCGAUGGCAUUGUGCAGUUUAUUAAACUUUGCACUGUGAGCUACGGGAAAGUCAAGCUGGUGCUCAAGCACAACAGGUAUUUCGUAGAAAGCGCCUUCCCCGAUGUCAUCCAGCAUCUCCUGCAGGACGGCGUGAUCCGCGAGUGUCGCCUGCGCGGCGCCGACGGCUCGGACCCGGGGCUCAUUACCGAGGUCAUCCACAGCAAGUCAGCGAUCUCUAAGAUCGUCCAGGACAAAGGAGGCGCCUCGACCUCACAGCAGCCCGCCGAUGGUCAAGCCUCCAACCAGCAGGUCCCCGAGGACAUCUUCAGCUACUAUGAGCAGAUGGAUAAGGAGGAAGAAGAAGAGGAGGAGACUCAGACUGUGUCUUUCGAAAUUCGCCAGGAAAUGAUAGAGGAGCUGCAGAAGCGUUGCAUUCAGCUGGAGUACCCCCUGCUGGCGGAGUACGACUUUCGAAACGACACCGUCAACCCCGACAUCAACAUCGACCUGAAGCCCACCGCGGUGCUGCGGCCCUACCAGGAGAAGAGCCUGCGCAAGAUGUUUGGAAAUGGCCGCGCACGAUCGGGAGUUAUUGUGCUGCCCUGCGGAGCGGGUAAGUCUCUGGUGGGCGUGACCGCCGCGUGCACCGUGCGCAAACGCUGCCUGGUGCUGGGUAACUCCUCGGUGUCCGUGGAGCAGUGGAAGUCCCAGUUCAAGAUGUGGUCCACCAUCGACGACUCUCAGAUCUGCCGCUUCACCUCCGACGCCAAGGACAAGCCGAUCGGCUGCUCGGUGGCCAUCAGCACCUACUCCAUGCUGGGCCACACCACCAAGCGCUCCUGGGAGGCUGAAAAGGUCAUGGAGUGGAUGCGGACGCAGGAGUGGGGGCUUAUGAUCCUGGAUGAGGUGCACACCAUCCCUGCCAAGAUGUUUCGACGCGUCCUGACUAUAGUCCAGGCCCAUUGCAAACUGGGCCUAACCGCCACCCUGGUCAGGGAAGACGACAAGAUUGUGGAUCUGAACUUCCUAAUUGGCCCUAAGCUGUUUGAAGCCAACUGGAUGGAGCUGCAGAACAAUGGUUAUAUUGCUAAGGUCCAGUGUGCAGAGGUGUGGUGCCCGAUGUCGCCUGAGUUUUACAGAGAGUACGUGGCCAUUAAGACGAAGAAGCGCAUUCUGCUCUACACGAUGAACCCCAAUAAGUUUCGGGCGUGCCAGUUUCUCAUCCGCUUCCACGAGCGGCGCAACGACAAGAUUAUCGUCUUUGCCGACAACGUCUUUGCCCUGAAGGAAUACGCCAUCCGUCUCAACAAGCCUUUCAUCUAUGGGCCGACCUCCCAGGGAGAACGAAUGCAGAUUUUGCAAAACUUCAAACACAAUCCGAAGAUCAACACCAUUUUCAUCUCCAAGGUCGGAGACACUUCCUUUGACUUGCCAGAAGCCAAUGUUCUGAUCCAGAUCUCCUCCCACGGUGGGUCGCGCAGGCAGGAGGCACAGAGACUUGGUAGAGUCUUAAGAGCCAAGAAAGGAAUGGUGGCGGAGGAGUACAAUGCGUACUUUUAUUCCCUGGUGUCCCAGGACACCCAGGAGAUGGCUUACUCCACAAAGAGGCAGAGGUUCCUUGUGGACCAGGGAUACAGUUUUAAGGUAAUCACAAAACUAGCAGGUAUGGAUGAAGAGGAUCUAAUGUUCUCCACCAGAGAAGACCAACAGCAGCUGCUUCAGAAGGUGCUAGCUGCUUCAGACCUGGAUGCUGAAGAGGAAAUUGUGGCAGGCGAAGUGGGAACCCGACCACAGUUCUCCCGGCGAGCGGGCACCAUGAGCUCUAUGUCGGGCGCAGAUGACACGGUCUACAUGGAAUAUCAAAGCCGGGGCAGCAAAGCCUCUGCAGCAGGGAAGAGCGUUCACCCACUAUUCAAGCGCUUCAGAAAGUAGAUCCGGUGAAACCCGACACUUGAAGACCUGCUCUGUUGUCACAGGGCACAGAGCAGAAAUGAGCAACAAUGGGUUUUGCGGGCGCAGAGAAUCCAUCCGGUCGGGACAACGUGGAGGGGCUGAGUUUCAGGGCUUUUGAAAGCCAGAGAGAUCUGCAUGUAACAUGAGAACAGGGUGGCUGUUUGAGUAUGUUGGAUCUGCAGGGUUUGGUACCUUGGCUGUGAAAACAAAUCUUUUUGUGUUUUAGAAUAUUGUUUUGUGAAUUUUGCUUCAAUUGUGACUCAUUUGUUUCAUGUUGUAUUAUACAAAUGUCUCCACUUUGAAAUGUUCAUAAAGAUAUUUUGUAGAAUGAA